GUGACGACCUUGGACCUUCGAUCUUUGAUCUAUCGUACAAGUACAAGUUAAGUAGUACAGUACCGCCCGGCCGCGGCAAACUGUUCUGCCGUCAUAUUUGCUGUUUUAUUCUGAAAGUCUUGAAUUUAAAUUGCGUUUUAUGCCUUCCAGACUCUCCCAUUUGUAAACCAUGAAGUAUGACAUAGAUGCUGAUGGAGUCUCCCAUUACAUUUUGGGGGAGCUGUCUUACAAUGACUUUGACAAAUCAAGGAGAAUUGGCAUGUGGCAGCUGGCGAAAUUGAUUCAAGGAGCCCGCCAUCAAAGAUUCCGAAGUGUCACAAUGAACCUCAAGGGUCUGGGCAUAACAUCUUUCGUACGUUCCCAGUUUCUUCAGAUUUAUCCAGCCUUUUACACAAGCAAACUCACACAGAACCGAGCUCUGGAUAUCACCAGCAGAUUGAGUCAUCUUGGGCGCACGUCGUGUUGUUUGGACACUGACAUGUAUGAUUUGAGCACAAAGACACUCCUAGCCUCUGGGAGUGUUCAAGACGUGUUUGUUUCGCGGCAGACACGACGCCCUUUUCCGGUGGCCUCCAUAGCUUGGCAGCAGACAAAAGUGAUAACCCCACGUGACCAGCGACCCAUUUCCGGACCUGAUUUUCCAGCACGACCCACCGGCACCUUGUGCUUCACCCAGACCAGAACCGUCAUGUCCAGCGAUACCGAUGCCAACGAUCACCUCAAUGAGGCAAUGUUCAUCCGCUUCUGUUUCGACUGCGCAAGUUCAGCUGCCUUAGAUGGACACCUGCCCAGCUUCAGGAAAGACGUCAUCUACGCGGACGCCAAGACGGUGUGGUUCUUGUACAUUCGCGAGGCCAGGGUCGGUGAGGAAUUGACGCUGUACUGCUGGGAAGACCGCAAUUUGAGUCGAACUCUUUGGGUCGAAAUGUGUCAAGAGUCGCAGGUCAUUGGCCAGUGCCAAAUACAAUUCUAUGAAGAUGGACUGACAAGGUCCACCUCUGAGCCUGAUGGAGGGCUGACCUUGGCAAAACUCUGACUCAUUAAACUUGUCUUAAAAGAUUUUGUUACUGGAAAUGCAGGCUUAAUGCACAAUGUAGCUGAACAUUGCCCAACUGCUGUUGGAGGAAUAAUAGUUGUCCAAUUGGCAGGUGAUAAAUAGUAAGGAAUUUGGAUAGCAAACCUUCUUAACUCACAAA